AUGCAGCCUUUCUCACUUCUCUUCGCCGUCUUGGCCAGUCUCUAUGCGGGCGUAUAUGGGUUUGAUAUCACCCGCAACGAUAAUCUGGCUGUCUACUGGGGACAAGACUCGGCUGGGAACCAGCAGUCGUUGAGCAGCUACUGCGAAGAUGAUACCAUCGACAACAUAGUCAUGGCCUUCCUCUACGUCUUCUUCGGUCCCGCGAAUACUCUCAGCCAACCUGAGAUUGACUUUGCCAACACUUGCAAUCAAUUCGACUUCAGCACUUUCCCCGGCACAGACCUCGCGGACUGCUCUUUCAUGGCAUCGCAGAUAGAGGCGUGCCAGGCGAAGGGCAAGAUUGUCACUCUUUCGCUCGGCGGUGCGACUGGACAAGUUGGGUUCUCCGACGCAUCAGCGGCAGAGAGCCUCGCGAAGCGUGUCUGGAACGAGUUCCUCGGAGGAAGCUCGUCUACUCGCCCCUUCGGGAGUGCUGUAUUGGACGGUUUGGACCUUGACAUCGAGAGCGGCAGCUCGGCCCACUACGAUACUUUCGUGAACACCAUUCGUUCGCUUUCUGCUGGAGCGUCCAAGCGCUACUACAUCACGGCUGCCCCGCAAUGCCCGUUCCCCGACGAGUGGAUUCAGCCUGCUCUUGAUGCAUCUCUCUUCGAUGCCGUCUUCGUUCAGUUCUACAACAACUUCUGCGAGCUUUCGGAGCCAAACAACUACAACUUCGACACGUGGGCAUCAUGGGCCAAGUCGGGUAGCGACAACAAGGACAUCAAGAUCUUCAUCGGUGCUCCGGCCAGCUCCAAGGCCGCUGGUACAGGAUACGUCGGACCCAAUACGCUGGGCAACUUCGCCACGGCCGCGCAAGACUCCUCUUCUAGCAUGGGCGGUGUGAUGCUGUGGGAUGUCAGCGAGGCGGUAGCAAACGGCAACUACCACCAGAAGAUCAAGUCGAUUCUCACCGCGAACGGCGACGGACCCAAGAAGCCUUCGAACACGACUAUCGCCGCAACCGCGACCAAGCCGUCAGCUACGGCGGUGAAGACCAAGAGCGCUUCUGCCCACAAAGCCACCAGCACCGAGAGCACCAGCUCCGACAAGACCGCAUCGAAGGCCGAGUCGAAGGACGACAAGGCCGCAACUCGUGUCAACUCGCGCUUCUUCCGCGCCAAUAACUAG